AUGAUCACCAUGGAGUUCUUCACGGUGGGUUUGAACACUCUGUUCAAAGCAGCAAGCUUGAAUGGACUAAGCUACUAUGUCUUUGUUGCCUACACUUCCAUCAUAGCAGCUCUAUUGUUCCUCCCUUUUCAUCUAGUCUUCCACAGAACCAUACCACUUCCCCAGCAAAAGAGACCUCUUUUUGUGAGGAUUCUUCUUCUUGGUCUCAUUGGCUUUGUGGGUCUCGUGAUUGUAUAUAAAGGAAUAGGAUUCAGCUCCCCAACUCUAGCAGCAGCCAUUGGAACCCUGAACCCUGCUUUUACAUUCAUACUUGCUGUCAUGUUCAGGAUGGAAAGGUUGUCACUGAGAAGAUCAAGCUCUCAGGCCAAGAUAAUUGGCACAGUAUCUUCCAUAUCAGGAGCAAUAGCUGUGGUGCUUUUCAAAGGUCCAACAAUUUUGUCCACUUUUUCAUCACCUGAAGAACUUGUAGUAGCAGAUGGCACUUCUCCCUCAAAUUACUGGCUUCUUGGUGGACUCUUGAUUGCUACUGCGCAUCUCCUUUUCUCUCUUGGCUAUAUUGUUCAGGCUCAAGUGUUGAAGAUGUAUCCAGCAGAGUUUUCAGUAGCAUUGUAUAUUACAAUGUGCACCAGUGCAAUAUCACUAGCUGCAUCUUUUGUGGGAGAGACAGAUGUUGAUGCAUGGAUGUUAACCAAGCCUGAUAUAAAAUUGGCUGCUGUUCUAUAUGGGGGGUUUUUUGGAGGGUUUUUGAACACAAUCGUUCAUACAUGGUGCCUGCACUUGGAAGGCCCAGUUUUUGUGGCCAUCUUCAAGCCACUGUCAAUCGCGAUCGCGGCGGCCAUGGGGGUGGUGUUCCUUGGAGACGAUCUCCAUCUUGGAAGUGUUGCUGGGGCAAUGGUGAUAUCUGCUGGGUUUUAUGGAGUGAUAUGGGGAAAGGCUAGAGAAGGAAAAGAAGAAAUGGAACUUGCUGCUGUUGAAGAUUGUGGGUCUCCUUAUCACUUGAGAACCUCAUCGACUAACAGUAACUCGCUUCCUUUCUUGGUGAACCAUACAUGA